AAAUACAUUAUUGGUAAUUUAUUUUUAGGCUUUGGUGAAGAAUGGCUAUUCGGUGGAAUUAGCAGCAGCUUAUUUAUUAAAUCUCAGUGAAGAAGUAGCAGAAGAAUGGGAAGAUGUUGACGAAGGUUAUAAAAUGGUAUUUGUUGUAAACGCAGAUCUGAAAAUGAGUAUUGGGAAAACAGCAGCACAGGUUGCUCAUGGAUGUCUUGGUUUGUACAGGGAGAUUGAACUUGGAUCACAUCAAGAAUCAAGAGAUGAUUUGGUUGCUUGGCUUGAUGAGGGACAGAAAAAGAUUGUUCUGAGUGGGAAAAACACUGAUGCACUGGUGAAGUUGUGCACUAAAGCAAAAGAUUUUGGGAUCCCCUCACACCUAGUCAAGGAUGCAGGACACACUGAAGUAGCUGCAGGGUCCACUACAGUCCUCGCUUUGUUUGGGUCAGAAGAAACUGUUAACAAAGUUACGGGUUCUUUAAGGUUAUUAAAAUGAACUAUAAUAUAGUUUUCCUGUUUA